UUGUAGCGUGGGAAGGAACAGGCCACCCAAGAAGAUAAUCACAGAAUUAAUGUGUAUGUGUGUGUAUAUAUAGGGCAGCACAGAUAAGAAGAGUUUGAAUGCAUUGAGAUAGAAAAGAAACAUGUCUGAUAAUCACAAGACUCAGAGUUCGGCACCGAAACUGUUUGGUUUCCCACUAACAGAGCAAGAGGAAUUUGCAGAAAGGAAAUACGAUGAUGGAGAGGACAGAAAAUUCAGGUGCCACUACUGCAACAGAGUUUUCGCAAACUCCCAGGCCUUAGGGGGCCACCAAAACGCUCACAAGAAGGAGCGUCAGAGAGCCAGGCGAUUCCAAAUCCACAACCACAGACGCUCCUCCAUGCCACCACCAUCAUCAUCUCUUUCGGUUACGCCUCUUACCUUUCUCACCUCCCAUGCAAUAAUACGAUCGCUGCCACUUUCAGUUACACUGCCACCCAUUUACCUUUCAUCUCCUUCUCCUUCUACUUCCACCUCUGCAAAGCACUUCCCCUCACGCCCCGUUUUCGUUCCUUCCUCCACCCAUCUCACUGCUACUGCUACUGCUACUCCAUGUUUUCCUCUUCAGCUUUAUGCUUCACCUUCUGUGCUGCAAUCUGCUUCUACUGUCCUUGAUUUUGCAGCAGACAGGGAAGUUGAUGUCCAUCUCAAAUUGUAGCUCUGUCAUAUUAGAUUGCAGGUUACAUAUAUACUAUAUAUAAAUUACUGUUACUUAGUUUCCUGCUUCUCCUUUUUGCUCCAAAUCUUAUCUUUUUUUUUGACCUCUCGCAUUAACAUUAUGAACUUGCUUUACUAAUGGAAGCUAAUGCUUAUAAUGGAAGUUACAAUUUUUUUUUAGUUCACAAUGUCAUUGCAAAUGUAAAUUCGUGUUGCAUUUGUCUUUAAUCUCUCCAAAGCAAUAGGAAAGAUCAUGGUAAAACUGAGACUAAAUAAAUCUCAGCUGAAAUCAAAGUGGUGUUGAAGGCAAAUUGUGACAAUAUAUAUAUAGUAUUAAUGAAUGUUGUAGCCUGCAUAUUAUUUGUUAUUUUUGUGAAUUAGACUAGUUUUAGAACAAGAAUUGGUGUAGUUUUUUUUUUCUAGAAUUGAAAUAGUAUACUGGGUUAAUUCCAAACACCUAUUAAGUACUUCUCAUCUUUAAUAUAUCUUUCUUUCUCUGAUAAAACUCCAUUUAUUAUGUUAAUUACAUAUUUCUCAUCUUUUAUUAUCUCUUCUCAGACAAAGAUCUGACUAAAUGUCAUAUUCCAUAUUUACAUGCAAUUAUUUACGGUACCAUAUUAUAAAAACAGUUUACGGAUUGUGGCCCGGUGUUUAUUUGGGCCUAACAGCACAAUAUCAUUGUAUGGGCCAGAUCAAAUAGUUUAAAGGGAGGUCCAAGUACCUCCAAACCUUAAUAAAAAAGACAAAUAUUUCUGCACAUAUCUGUUCAUUGCCACAGAUGUGUUGUAUUAUAUAGAAAGGAUCCAGAAGUGUUUUACAGAAAAAUUUGGUAUUAUUCACUAUUGGUUAGGUCUUUCACGCUGUUGAAGUCAUAGAAAAUAACACAUACCAAACAUUAAAAUAAGGGAAGUGGCUAGCUAGACACUAGGUUUAUCCUGUAAGUAUAAUCCCCUUGCUGUUCUAAGUUAUAUCAAGUGUAGCUACGGUAGAAUAUAAUCUACAGUAGCAGUUUUCAACCGAAUCAUUGCUGUGAAGAGUCUCUUUGAGUGUUGAUGACUGAUCACAUCUUUCCUCAAAAUAAUCAUGUCAUUGGGAUUUGAGGACCACGUCAAAUCUGGUGGAGACCUAAAAUGACGUCGUAUCGUAUGCAAAACGAAUCAUCACACAUGGUAACACCACCAAAAUGGACAAAGUCAUUGGUUUUACUGCAACCCAGGUAUCUCACACUAUACCACUCCGAAGUGGUCAUCUUUUUUCUCUCUCUAUAUUUGAAUAAACCAAAAGAGAGUUUUAAAGAGAGACUUCAUUGUUUCUUUAAUCACGGAAAGUACAUCCCAGAUUCCGAGAGCUAACACAAAGGUCACUUUUCAAAGAUCAGAACAUUGCUCAUUCCUCGCCACAGCACACGUUUCUGUGCUUCAUUGUCUCUCUUCCCAAUAUACCCUUUCACGAAACUUCCAAACCCUAACAAAAGCCCUCUUCCCG